GUAUGAUUGAAGCAGUCAGAUUCAUUAAGCGGUGGUGUGGUACGCAUUUAGUCAAAUACUCGGUUAAUCCCUGAUGUGUUAGCGAUGGAAGGACUCUCACCUGGAGAAAUUCACGGGUAUGAGCCGGCUGUUGUUGAUGACGUGCCCGAGCCUACCCGCUUGUUGAGGAUAAAGGUGAUUUCAGGCCACAAUUUAGCCAAGAAAGACAUCUUUGGUGCCAGUGACCCUUACGUGCGAAUCGACUUAUAUCCUGCUGAUUCUCGAUGUACGGACGAUGAUGUUAUCGACUCGGUUUUCACAAAAACUCGGAAGAGGACGCUAAACCCCUUAUGGAAGCAAGAAUUCAUUUUCCGCGUGAAGCCAGACGCUCAUAGAUUGGUUUUCCAAGUCUUCGACGAGAAUCGAUUGACAAGAGAUGAUUUCCUUGGUAUGGUGGAAUUACCAUUGUAUAACUUGCCGACCGAAACAAGUAUGGGUGCUCCUUCUUGCAACAAAUAUUACAUUCUGAGGCCUCGCAGCACGCGAUCAAAAGUGCGAGGACAUUUACUUCUUUACCAUGCUUUUUUGGAAUCGCCCGAUUCUGCCAACGAAGUUCCGCCAGAAAAUUCUGCGAUGACUGAGGGGAACAAUACCAAUCCCGAAGUCCCUGAAUCCGGUUGGGAGAUCGUGAGCGGUGAUCACGGAUUCACGAAUGCUGGCGACCAGCCUGGAGUUGUUGAGCAACCGGUUCAGCCUACCUACGUUCAACAACCGACCGCGGGUGAAGAAACAGUUCCGUCUCAGUCCAUCUUGCCCGCUGGAUGGGAGGAGCGUCAAGAUGCCAGCGGUCGCACGUACUACGUUAAUCAUCUUGCCAGAACAACGCAAUGGGAGCGUCCAACCAUAGAAGAUACGGUGAGUCAUGUAGUCGAAAACCGGGAGAGAAGCUUGGAAUCUGCAAGGGAGGAUAUGCUUCGGCGUUAUCAAUUCAGUGUCGACGAACCAGAUCAAAGAGCGACAAUCCGUCAGAACUCAGUUAGUAGCGCCGAACGACGUCCGCGGUUUGAAACCGACUCGGGUGGAAGGUCUUCUAGCAGUGCGAGUGCGCCCCGUCCACGUCCUCGAUCAAAUUCUACUGACGGCGUACAGUGUAUUUCCACUCAGCUGGCUCAAUUGGAUACCACGUUUUCUGAAGGACUUCCCGAAGGUUGGAGUGUUCAGGUAGCUGCCAAUGGUCGGGUGUUUUUCAUUGACCAUAAUACGAAGACAACGACAUGGGUUGACCCAAGGACCAACAAACCUUCGACAAUGCCUAGUCGAAACGGACCUCCGAAAGCCAGAGGCGCGGAUGAUUUAGGCCCAUUGCCUGAGGGAUGGGAAGAACGCGUUCAUUCGGAUGGACGAAUCUUUUUCAUUGAUCAUAACACGCGGACCACGCAGUGGGAGGAUCCACGGCUCUCCAAUCCGUCAAUUGCAGGUUCAGCUGUGCCUUACUCUCGUGACUAUAAAAGAAAAUAUGAGUACUUCCGAUCCCAAUUGAAGAAACCAACUGACGUUCCAAGUAAAUUCGAGAUGAAAGUUCGGCGGAAAUAUAUGAUGGAAGAUUCUUAUCGUCUCAUCGGUGGAGUUACCAAACCGAGCUUGCUGAAAGCAAAACUUUGGAUUGAGUUUGACGGUGAAAAUGUGCUUGACUAUGGUGGAGCCACUAGGGAGUGGUUCUUUCUUCUUUCGAGGGAAAUGUUCAAUCCAUAUUACGGACUCUUCGAAUACUCUGCUAUUGACAACUACACUUUGCAAAUUAAUCCGUAUUCCGGUAUGUGCAAUGAAGAUCAUUUGUCCUACAUCAAGUUUAUUGGACGAGUCGCUGGAAUGGCUGUGUAUCACGGAAAACUCUUGGAUGCCUUUUUUAUCCGGCCUUUCUAUAAAAUGUUGCUGGAGAAAACCAUUGAUCUCAGCGACAUGGAAUCAGUGGAUCCGGAGUAUUUUAAUUCUUUGACAUGGAUCAAGAAUAACGACCCUUCGCUUUUAACUUUGACCUUUUCGGUUGACGAAGAAACUUGCUUUGGCGAAACCGCUGAGCGUGAACUGAAGCCUAACGGAUCACAAAUACCUGUAACGGAUGAAAACAAAAUGGAGUACAUCAGGAUGGUGAUACAGUUCCGCUUUGUCAGUCGAGUAGAGCAGCAGAUGAAAGCUUUCAAAGAAGGAUUCAAUGACGUAGUUCCCUUGCCUCUUAUUAAAAUAUUCGAUGAGCACGAACUGGAGCUACUUCUUAGUGGACUGCAAGAAAUUGAUGUUCGUGACUGGAAGCUUAACACCGCCUACAAAGGUUCUUACUAUCCAAAUCACCCGGUGAUUCAAUGGUUUUGGAGAGUGGUUCUUUCCUUCGAUAACGAAAUGAGAGCGAGGCUGUUGCAAUUUGUGACGGGAACUUCGCACGUUCCCAUGAAUGGAUUCAAGGAACUUUACGGCUCUAAUGGACCUCAGCUGUUCACGAUCGAAAAAUGGGGCGCGCCGUCCAAUUUUCCUCGGGCCCAUACUUGUUUCAAUCGAUUGGAUUUGCCGCCCUACGAAAGCUACCAGCAAUUGAAGGACAUGCUGAUCAAAGCCAUAGAAGGCUCAGAGGGAUUCGGAGGGGUUGACUGAAUCGAGAAUGGUUUGGUUUACGUGUAUCCUAUCCUGAAGUCUGCGAAGAUUUAUUUUGAUUUAAAGUGCUAGAGAAACGUUUACUCUGGUGAGUGUGUGCCGCGAGCAUCAUGAUUUCGCCUGUAGCUGUUAGGACUGGACAAUCGCCGUGAAUGAGUUGAGGAAAGCAGAAGGGCAUUUUUCUCGACUGUUACAUCAAGCUCUACAGGGACAUAUAUUUCUUCCUUUUGGAGCAAUUGAAAAUAAAAACCUUCGUUUCCUUUUUAUUUUUGAUGGAAGUGCGCACUUCUGAUGUGAAACGGAAAGCAUGUGUGAUAUGUCGUAGAACCUGGAAUACGUCAUCGAGGAUUCGCUUAAAUUCUGCACGAGCUCGCUAAAUAGUCUUAAUUUUUGCUGAUUUGUGAACCUUGCUUGGAUGGGAUAGGUUUCGCGUUCAAUCUAGUUACGUAAUGAGGAUCAGCACGUGUUACAUGAUUUGAAUUUCAGGAUAAUGGGAAAGAUCUGGUUUUAUUUUUGAGAAUAUAUGCUGAAAGACUGUUGACUUCGCGUCCAUUCCUUAUCGUGCGAGAGAUUGUUUGAAAUUUGUGAUCGAUAGAUUCCAAUAAAUUCUGUCGAAUCUGUUGGAUUUCCUGCAUGGCCAUGUACAUGUUGCCUUCAAUCACGAAUACAUUGAAAAUUGAUUCGCGUCAA